AUGAAAAACGUUUUUCAGGUUAAUUUUUCAUUGGAAACAACUGGGAAACACGAAAACGAAAUCCGGAGUUUACUGGCUAGCGAUAUAACCGAAUUUAUACGAAAACAGUUAGCAGUUUACAUCCGAGAAUUGAAAGAAGAAUUUAGCAAAGGGCUUAUUCUUCCAACUGACCGUCCGAAGCCACAAGUGGUCUCAAAAGGAAAAACAACUAUAAAUGAACCGGCUGUUAACAAAAAGGCAUUUCAGGACCACGUGGUAACCUCCAAGGUGGAUACUAGGAAUCUGACACUGUCCGAAUCGUUCAAAGUGCACCCCGAUCAGCUCUGGGAAGUGCUUACAGAUGCUGCGAUGGUGAAGAAGUGGACAAAUGGGAAUGUCAAGAUUGAUCUCAAACCGCAGGGUGCUUUUGAAUUAUAUGGCGGUAUGGUCACUGGGGUUUUUGAUGAAAUCGAGCCCAAUAAGAAGCUUGUAAUGAAAUGGCGAUUAAAGAGUUACCCGUCUGGACACUUCUCAAAUGUUUUAUUCACUCUGAAGGAUGAGAAAGACAGCACGCGCUUGGAAAUAGAAGCGAAAGAUGUUCCGGUGUUGCAGUACGAUGAUACGGAGAAUGGUUUUCAGCGCUUCUAUAUACAGAAUAUAAUGAAAACAUUUGGUUUUGGAGCGCGUAUUUUUUAA